AUUGUUUGCAACCACGAACCUGCGUUCGAGUUGGUGAGAAAUGUCGGCGAGACCCUAAUUGUGUUUGGCCCAUAUCAGUCACAGGGAUUGCGUAAACAAAACCGCCGAAAACGCGAACGCAAAACACGACACGACGCGAUAAAAGUAUUUUAAAAAAUAAGCCGCUUUUUGGCUGAUCGUAAAAACGCUAAAAAAUGUAGGAAAAUAUUGAAUUUAUGUAUUGUGCAAUAUAUUUAAUUGUAAAUUAAAGUGGCUUACAUGGUUUUAUUGUGAUUAAAUCAAAUUUUGAGGCUUGUAGAAAAUUGUGUUUUGUGUGGAUUCGAAACAUCGAUCCGUUCUGCGUAACCCACGCGUUUCCGGCGAAAGAGGAGGCGUAAUCGUUGAAGGUAUGAUUGGAUUAGAAACACUGUCCGCGUUGACUAUUCUCAGUGUCUUCCGCUGUGUCAGUAGCGGUUACGAGUUUAUUGACCUGCCGAAAUCACACCUUCCGCUGUACUUCCGGCGGUUUCCCCAGCUGGAACGACGCUGUGCGGAGGAUGAAACAUGCGAAUAUCAGAAGGUAUUGAGGAGUGCUGCUUACAGGGCACGGAAAGACAUGUGCUGGGGUUACGAGGAUGAUUGUCUACCGGAAAAUCGUUUCUCGAAACCGCAAUGUCCUGGUGACUACCAGGGGUACGUUAAAACGAAGGAAGCGCAGUUGGAGACAUUUUACGCGCAGGCUGAUUUCGGCUUUGUGCGGGAUCAGAUUCAGGAGACGAGGAUCAUGUGCGAGCCGAAGUUUCCGCACGAUUCCGCACUGGAGUGUUCUAAGUAUUUGCGGUUCUGCCGGGGGCGAAACAUCAUGCUGAACUUCACGGAUUUGAUUCACAGAACGGAGCCUCUACGCUACAAAAUGGACGUGCUGACACAUGGCCAGAUCGGAGGCCACUGUAAGUUCCAUCGGAAGCGAUUGGAAGAUGAGUUGGAACAUAUAAGCCCUCUGCAAUCCUGGGGUCCGGAACUGAGGUUUUUCGACACGAUUGAUACACCACUGCCCCUGGGUGGAAAAUGUGACGUUACUGUGGAGCGUCCGUCCUUCAUCAUGAAAAUCGAUGCCACAAUCAAUAUGUAUCAUCAUUUCUGUGAUUUCAUCAAUUUGUACGGAUCUUUGCAUGCGAAUCUGUCCGAUCCGACCGGAUUCAGCACGGAUGUGCAGAUUCUUGUUUGGGAAUCGUACACCUAUGAUUCGCCCUUUGCGGAGACUUUCAAAGUGUUCACAAAGCAUCCUAUCAUGGACCUCAAAACCUACGCUGGAAAGGUUGUGUGCUUUAAGAAUCUUGUUCUGCCACUUCUACCUCGGAUGAUCUUUGGACUGUUUUAUAAUACUCCAAUAAUUAACGGCUGUGAAAACAGCGGUUUCUUUCAAGCCUUCUCCGAGCAUGUGAUGCAUCGGUUAAAAAUCCCUCUUAGAAGCCGAACCGAUAGAAAACUCCGCAUAACGUUUCUAUCGCGGCAAACCAAAUUUCGCCGAAUAUUGAACGAAAACGAACUGCUGGAGGAAAUUUCCGAGGACGAGAAUUACAUGGUCAAUCGGGCAAGUUUCACCUACAAAACCGAUUUCCGGGAACAGCUCAAAGUCACCCGAAAUACGGAUAUCUUCAUCGGCAUGCACGGUGCCGGUUUGACCCAUUUGCUGUUUCUUCCGAAGUGGGCGGUCCUGUUCGAGCUGUACCACUGUGAGGAUCCCAACUGUUACAAAGAUCUGGCGCGAUUGAAGGGAAUUCGCUAUCUUUCGUGGGAGCGAGAUGAUUUGGUUUAUCCGGAGGAUGAAGGCCAUCAUCCGGACGGUGGAGGGCGGCAUGCCAAAUUUACAAACUACGCCUUUGACGUAAAAGAGUUUGCCCGAUUGGUGGCAGUUGGGGCUAACCAUGUGUGGAAUCACGUGGAGUAUCAGCAGUAUUUGGAGCGAUCGCGGCGGAAACAGGACAAACUAUCGAGGGAUGAGCUGUAAGGUUCAGGUGAAUUGAACAUCCAAAUGUAAGUACAUCUUCUAUUUUACCUCCAAUUCAUAUAGAAUUUGAAACAAUUUACCUACUGCUAUGUUUACUUCUGAUUCUAUGGGCACCUCGCAAAACAUGAGAGCAGGUUUCAGCAAUAAAAUAAAUUCGACUGAUGUUUAUAUUUGGAUAUGAAGAAAAAGGUUUAAGUGAUCUGAAGUUUGUAAUUUACGCGUUUGG